CGCUGGGAACGCUGACAUGGCGGCUCCCACAGGCUCUGCGCCGCGGCUCGGUGUGAGCGCUGCUGUUCUUCUCUUCAUUUCGGCGCUUUGCGUUCCCUCGGCUUUAGCUCUGAUUGAAGGACUGUACUGCGGCACGCAGAUCUGCUACGAUGUCCUCGGGGUGAGCAGAGACGCGUCCAAAGCAGAGAUCGGCCGUGCGUACCGCAACCUGGCCCGGAUAUAUCACCCGGACCGCUUCCAGGCUGGAGACCCGGCACUGGCCGGAGAGACCGCGGAGAGCGCGGAGCAGAAGUUUCUGCUCAUCGCUACUGCGUAUGAAACGUUAAAAGAUGAAGAAUCACGCAGGGACUAUGACUACAUGCUGGAUCACCCGGAGCAAUACUACAGCCACUACUACACCUACUACAGGAGACGGCUGGCACCCAAAGUAGACGUUCGGAUAGUCAUUCUCGUGACCGUGUGUGCAAUUUCACUUUUUCAGUAUUAUAGCUGGUGGAGCAGCUACACCGAAGCAAUCAACUACCUUACCACCGUCCCGAAGUAUCGCAUCCAGGCGACCGAGCUGGCCAAGCAGCAAGGCCUGCUAAACCGCACCAAAGAGAAAGGCAAGAACCGGCGUUCCAAAGAGGAGAUCCGCGAAGAAGAAGAGGAGAUCAUACGCGACAUCAUAAAGAACAAGAUCGACAUCAAAGGAGGCUACCAGAAGCCCAACAUCUCCGACAUCCUGCUGUUCAAGAUCAUCCUGUUCCCGUACCACAUGUGCCUGUACGUGGCGUGGUACUGCUCGUGGGUUUAUCGCUUCACCGUCCGAGGCGAGGAGUACGGAGAGGAGGAGAAACUCUACAUCAUCCGCAAGAACAUGAAAAUGUCACAGGCGCAGUUCGACAGUCUGGACGACCACCUGAUACGGACGUUCCUGGAGCGUCGGCUGUGGGUAAAAGAGAACUACGAGGUGUACAGAGUAGAGCAGGAGGAUGAGAUGAAGAUGAAGAUGGCCACGGACCCGCGGUGGAAGCGCUACAGGCGCUGGAUGAAGAGCGAAGGACCCGGCCGCAUUACCUUCAUCGACGAUUAACCGCAAAUGCCAUACACACAUGCAUCUGAUUAUACGAUUCUAGUCGUGUGUGUGUGUGUGUUAGCAAGCACACAUGUUUACAACAAUCGUCUGUGUGCAUUUAUAUGGAGACUUUUGACUGAUUGUCAGAUACGAAUAUAAUUGAGGGCUGUAUCUGUACAGAAGCUGCUGUGAUUCCACUGACUCUUUCUGAGUUGAACUGAUGUCAGUGUCAGAGCGUGUAGAAGCUCUGUGUUAAUAGCAAUCCGAGCAGUGUGCUCAUCCACAUCGCUGCUGUCAUCUUUGGCCUUUUACUCAUAUUGGAAGGCUGCCUUUCAAUGUGUUGGUACCUGUUUUGCCUCUUUAUGCAUCCAAGCAAAUUAAAUAUUAUAUUUUUAAAAAGAUAUUAAAGUGACUGUUUAAAAUGAUUGUGUGCUGGUCAACUCACACCUCCGGUGCAACAACCCGUGCGGCAGAAAUACAAGAUUUUCUGGACAUCUGGUACAUGUAUUCUGCAUAAAUUGUAACGAUAUUAUACUAGUUUAUUGCACAAUAACAUCAACAACAAUAUUAUACUAUAAUAUAAUAAUAUACUAUUAUAGCAUCUUAUGGGUAAAGGAUUUUCUGUGACCUAGCAAUGCUGUGUUUUUAUGCUUUGGAUGGAUAAAUGCUAUUCUAAGGCAGUUAAUUUGGUUACAUUUAACAAUGUUAAAUUUAAUAAUAAAUCAACAAUAAAUGUAGCGCACG